GCUCAUGCUCAAGAGGACGGGGAAGGAUCAGCCACACUGCAGCUGAUAGAUGUGCUGUGAUGAUGUAAUGCUGCCUAUUUGGUAACUACGGAUGGCUGUUUGUGCCAGGCUCUGCGGAGUUGGUCAGUCUCGGAGGUGCCGGAGGCGACAAAGGAAUAACGAGCAGGAUCAAGGCAGCGAUUCCGAUAUGGACGAGGAAGAAGAGGAGCGGAUCGUGGGCAAGGGGAGACUCGACGCAGGUGGCUGCCGAGGCCCGGAGCGCGGAGUCGUCGCCACUGCAGGGCCGAGUGACGCUCACGAAUAUGGCAGCAGUCAUGUCAACAGAGGGGGCUUUCUGGUUCGCACAAACACUGGACCUCCACACCCACAGUCAUUAGCGGAGUUACCACCGGAGCUUUUAGUGGAAAUAUUCUCCUUGCUUCCCGGAACAACUCUACCAAAUGUUGCCCUCGUUUGCAAGAAAUUCAGACAAAUCCUCAAGACGGAAACCAUUUGGAGAAGGCGAUGCAUCGAAGAGUUUGGCAUGAAGGAGGACCUGAGGAAGAUGGAAGCAGGAGGAGUAUCUAGCCAGGAUCUCUAUGUUAAACUACUUCACCCAUACAGGCAUAUUUUGGGCCUAUGGCAGCCUGACAUAGGCCCUUAUGGUGGAUUGCUCAAUGUUGUGGUGGAUGGUUUGUUCAUCAUUGGCUGGAUGUAUUUACCACCUCAUGACCCCCGUGUGGAGGACCCCAUGAGACGGCGGCCACUCUUCCGUAUCCACAUGAUGGAGAGCAACAAGGCCACUGUGGAGUGUAUGUAUGGACACAAAGGUCCCCACAAAGGAGACAUACAGACAGUAAAGAGGGAUGAAUUUUCAACAAAAUGUAACCAGACUGAUCACCAUCGCAUGCCAGGAGGCAGACAAGAGGAGUUCAGGACAUGGUUGGAAGAAGAGUGGGGGAGGACACUGGAAGAAAUAUUUCAUGAACACAUGCAGGAGCUAAUCCUAAUGAAGUUCAUUUAUACUAGUCAAUAUGAUAACUGCUUGACAUACCGAAGGAUCUACCUGCCACCUGCAAACCCUGCUGAUCUACUGCAGCCAGGCCUUUUCAAAGGCACCUAUGGCAGUCACGGUUUGGAGAUUGUCAUGCUUAGUUUCCAUGGAACUUCUGCAAAAGCAACCAAACUCACUGGAGAUCCCAAUGUUCCUGCAGGACAACUCACAUUGGAUGUUAACCUUCAUCAGCCCGUGGUCCUCCCAGAGUUGGAGCAACAGCGUAAUAUUGAGGAGCUGUCUCGGCUAGUAAUGGGAAUCCAUGAGGAAGUACAGAAGGAGCAGGAACAACAGGAAAAUAGCACUUCUGCCAUGGUCAAAUGUGCAGCUGAAGGGGCCUGUGGUGGUUCCAGCACAGCAGAAGAGGUGGAGUCAGAUCACGGUGCCUGUUCAGACAGCUGCAACUCUGGUCACAACAGCAGCACCAAUCCUGAAACGCAGGCUUUUGUCUUGCCUCUGGGAGUUAUGGCUCGCAAUGAGGACUACCCUCGCAUCUGCAGGAAAUGUUUCUAUGGGACAGGCCUGAUUGCUGGGCAUGGCUUUACAAGUCCAGAGCGCACCCCGGGGCUCUUUGUGCUAUUUGAUGAGGACCGGUUUGGUUUCAUCUGGCUGGAGUUGAAGUCUUUCAGUCUGUACAGUCGCCUGACGGACAACUUACCUCACGCUCAUGCCCCGAACAUGGAGCGAUUUGAGGCCAUGCUGUGCAACAUGCAGUCCUGGACAUCCUGAUGCACCAAGCUUUAAGUCUCCUCCCACAAUAAUAGGCAUAAUAACAACCAUUUUACACAAGUCACCUCUGUCUUCUGCUGGCAACGUUAAUAAUCUUAAGUGUUUUACAGGCGUUGGGUUUAACUGUCUAACUUGCUAUGUCACCCUGACUUAGCACACUCAUACCGUUGUUCCAAUGCGAGCACUUUGAAAGGCUUCCUUUCUCACUGUUUAUGACCUCAGUCCUCCAGUGCAGCCUGAUAACAGGUCACAAAUUAAUUUAUUUAUUCCCUGCAGGGAGAAAAGGAAUGACACCACUUAUUAUGGAUCAAACUGUAUGUGCCUCUGGUUCUAAAUCCAUGUCUGUACUUGGAAGUGCUUGAAGAAGACAAAGGUGUCCAAUGUAUUCUACUAUAUAAUAGUAUUAUACUGAUUUCAGUGCCCAACAUAUACUGCAUGCUGCAGUUAUUUACACUCAUAGCCACUGCCUGAACCUGUUUAAUUUUCAUAAAGCAGCAUGCCUUUUUUUUUCUUUUUGCUUUAGAGACAUCAAGCGUUAAAAAAAAAAAAAGACAGCAUCUCAGGUGUUUUUCUCUUGUUUUAAGUUACAAUCAUUGUAUUGUGUCAAAUGGAAGUACUGAAUGAGUUUUAGAACAGGGCAAUUUUCUAACUGUUGACCCGCUGUCUUAUCAAACAUGGUACCUACAGCAACGUGUUUUAUUUGGACUGAUAUGUCCUUCACCAACAUCAAACAUAUUUAAUAUCACCACACCUGAAAUAUUACGCAAGAUGGAAAAAAGAUUUGUAUUGCAAUAACGAUAACAGUAUCGUUAAACCUGGAUUUAAGCAAAGUAUCAGCGUUAGACAGUUUGUGCUUCUGUAAUUAUGGUAUGAUAAUGAAAUUUCACUUACCUUUGAAAUGUAAUGAGUUUGUUGUUUGUUUAAAUGGCUGACACAGUGUUUGCCUGGCUUUAUUACAGCAAAGCUAUUCCCUACAGGUUUCCCAGUUGGUUUAAAUUCUAGACCUAGUAGCUGAACAUUAUAGAAACUAACAGUGCAAAGUACCAAGUAAGUGUCUGUAUGUCUCCUUAUGGCCUGAUGGCGGUGCCCAGUAGCUUUCUUACUCCAAGUGCACUUUUCUGGGCAGUAUAUUGAAUCAUUUAAAAACCAUUGGCCAGCACUUUUAUAUCAGACUGCAGCUUUACUAAUAUUUGCAAAAAAAUAAAUUAUCUGCUAAAGUGUUG